AUGAAUUUUUUUAAAGAAGCAUCAUACUCUUUCAAAUAAAAAUUUGGAUAUUCUUAAUAAGAAAAAGCCCUAAAAUUGUUUGAUUAAGCAUAUCAUUAUCAAAGCACUAUACUUCCAAUAAAUAUUCUUGAUUAAUUAGCAGAACUCAGUUUUCAAAUGUAUGAUAAUAUUCUAAAAUAAGUGAACAUUAUCCAAAAAUAAUCGAUGAAAUAAUUAAGUAAUUAAAUACAAUGAAUAACACAUCCAAUUAGAUUUUAAAGGUAUAUUUAUUUUAAAUUAAAAGUCACUUAUUAUAAUAGAUUAUUUAUUGAAAUAUGGAUGUUCAGGGAUUAUUGAUGAUUUGAAAGAGAGAAUAGGUUUAAUAAGAAAGUAUUCAGAAUAUAAAAUUGAAAUUUAAGAACCACUAAUCUAAUCAAGUAGAUAAAUAUCUAAUAAUUAAAGUUAGACAGAAAGCUUAAAAUAUAACAAUAUAAUUAACAAAUAGAAAUUUAUUGUAUAAAGAGAAAGAAAUUGCAAAAUAGAUGAAAUUAAAAAUUUAGAUGAAUAAACUAAAGUUGUAAACCUAAAGUAGUAACUCUAAUGAUGAGACAUAAUCUAGUUUAGAUGAUAUGUUAGAGAAUUAUAUUUAUAAAUAUAUGGAUAAAUUUCAUGAUAAAUUAGAAAGUUGGGGAGAUUAAGUGAAUGAAAAACUUGAUAGUCUAAUUAAUAAUGUGACUACAAAUUCAGCUUAUAAGAAAGAUGAGAAUGGAUAUUAUUAUCCUGAGUCUUGUAUGGAUGAGGAUAUGUUUGUAUAAAGAGAUAAAUCAAGAGGUUUAGAUUUAAAAGAAAAUAAUUAAACCUUAGGAAUUGGAAAUUAAAGUAUUAGAUUUAGUAAUUUAGAUUUUAAAAACUAAGAAAAUGUUUAACCUAAUUAAUAAAUAAUGAAAUAAAGGAUAAAUUUAUUAGAUUGA